AUGCUGGAAGAGGUGACUAUAAUUAGCUGUUUCGCUGGGUCGGAGGAAGACGGCGCGCGCGCUGCUAUGACAGUCGAUUCGCUCUUGUCGGUGAUCUUCAGCAGCGCCGGCAGCACCAACACCACGGCCGCGGGCCCCGCUUUUGCCGCAGGGAGGAGCCAAGGCUCACGCAGCAGCGCCGGCAGCAACGACGGCAGCAGCAGCGGGGUUAGCGCACGAAACAGCAGCGCGGACAGCGGUAAGGGGAAGGGCGGCGGGGGUUCGGGGUUUACGCGGGAAUCGCGGGCGGUGCGCGUGCCGAUGCGACCGUUGGAGUUCGUGCAAGGCGUGCUGCCGCGCCUGCCGCGCUCACUGCAGCGCCUCGACCUCCACGCGAACCACUUCCUCUCUGCGGGCGCGUGCUUGGGGGGGAGCGACCCCGAGGGCGGGGGAGAGCCGGGGGGGGAGGAUUUGGGGGGAGGACACGCGGAAGCAGCAGCGCGGAGGCGGGAGGGAAGGGCGGGCGGAGAGGACGAGGAGCAGGCGGGAGAGGGCGCGGGUGAUGGUGCGUGUGAGCGUGCGCUGCCGUUACCCCAGCACGCCACUCCCCACGACUCCUUCCUCUACGCCGUCGCCUCCUCUCUCCCCGCACUCCGCGCUCUCGACCUCGACACGCCCUCUCGCCUCUCCCACGCCGCCGUGCUCCACCUGCCGCUCGCCCUGCCGCGCCUCACGAGCCUGUCGCUCUCUUCCAAUGCCAUCACAUGGCCCACUGUCUUCUCCCUGCUCGCCCUCGCGCCCUCGCUCCGCUGCCUCUCCCUCGUCUCCUCCGCACUCACCACUUCCCCCUCUCGCCCCCGCAGGCCCGCCGUCCCCUCCUCCGCCCCUCCAGGUCCUUCCACCCUUGACUCCUUCCCCUUCCCACGGCCCGCCCUUGCUGUGGGUGCUACUGCCGCAAUGGAUCCACUGAGCAGCACCACCAGCAGUAGCAAUCCGUCUGCCCUGCUGUCCGCCCUGCCAUGCACCCUCCCGGCGCUCUCCUCCCUGCGCCUCUACACGGCGCCGCAUCGCUCCGUGCAGUGGGACAUGAGCCCCGCACACUCCCUCCUGCGCGCCCUCCUCGCCCUCCCCGCUCCUCCCUCUGCCUCCACGCGCACCCCCAUGGCUCCCACCUCUUCUCCUGGCCCAGCCUCCGCAGCAACAGCGUGUGCACCAGACAGCGGUUCUGCUGCUGCCGCUGUCUGUGUGCCUAUCUCUAGCAGCACGGCCCUCGCAGCACAGCUGCCCGUGCUUGCAGCGACCGGCACAAGGUCCCCAGCAGCAGCAUAUGGGAGCACGGGGGGUUCGGGGCUCAUGGCACGCAUAGCAUCCAGAGCGGGCGCUGCUGGUGCGGGUGCUGCUGCCACUGGCGGGCCCCGGGGUGUCGGGUCAAUAGGAUCAGUGGGUGCAUGCUCCCUGCGCUCGCUGCACGCGCAGCACACCUUCAGUGCAUCCUGGCAGAGCAUAGGUGUGUGCUGCCACGGACUCACAGAGCUCGACCUCUCCUUCCCUCCGCGGCCCCACUCCCCCUCCACAUGGGGCGGAGCAGCAGCACAGGGAGGGCUAACAGGUAUAGAGGAGAUCGUGCUUUGUGGGACUCUCUCCAUGCUGCCUCACCUGCAGCGCCUCGCUCUGCCAAGCGCCAACGACCAGGUGCUCACUCACGUGGCCCGCUGCUGCCCCAACCUCUCCUCCCUCCUCGCGCAGCCGCACAUCCUCGCCACCUCCCCCGAUGCAAGCCUUCCUCGCUGCCCCCCUCAGCCGCAUGUGACAGACGACGGCGUGCGGGCGCUGGCACAUGGCUGCACGCGAUUGGUCCAUCUGAGCUUGGCAGGGUGUGUGCGUGUUGGGUCGGCAGUGCGGCAGCUGGCAUACCACUGCCAGCAGCUGCGAGUGCUGAGGCUGGAAGGCAGUGCUGUGGACGAUAAGGCUGUGCUGGGAGCACUCUUUGGUGGAGCCUGGAAGUGGCAUGCUGUUCAUCCCUCUUCUUCCUCUGCUGCUGCUGGUGCUGCUGCUAACGGGGCUGGUGGUGGUGCAAGUGGUGCUGCGAGUGUCUCUGGCGGCCGUGGUACCGGUGGCGUGGUGCAGCUGCUGCUUCCUAGGCUUGUGCUCCUGGACCUGUGGGGCUGUGCUGCUGUCACCUCUGAGUUGCUACUCGCCAUUCUGCAGGCAGCAAGGGAACUGGCGGCAGCAGCAGCAGAAGCAAGGAGCGGAAAGGAAGCAGGAGAGAAAGAAGUCUGUCCUCAAGGGAUCCAAAGGGAAUGGCAAGGGGGGGAUAAAGAAUAA